AUGGAGCAUGUGUCGAGCAAGAACGAUGCUAGCCCAAUGACUACGAAGAUGAGCGAUGAGUCGGAACUCGAUAUGCUCCAGGUCUACCCUCACGAAGAACAGGCUCUGCGCUGGAAAUUCGAUCUGUACCUCUUGCCUCCAUUAGCUUUCAUGUAUUUGUGCAACGCCUUGGAUAAAGGCAAUGUCGGAAAUGCUAAAACCGAUGGAUGGGAUAAAGAUAUCGGGCUUACGGGAAAUCAGGUACUCACUCAUCGUGAAUUGCCAGUGCACAUGCUCGAAGGGGUGGCUAACAAUCACGGCGGAAACAGUACUAUCUUCUCGUCAUGA